ACGUCGCACACGCCGCACUUCCUGGUUCUUCUCCUGUGUUUGUGUGUAUCGAUGUAACCUGUUCUGAGUGAAACGGUAGUGAUUUUUUCGUGUUUCUUACCAAUAUUAAGAUGCCACAAAUCCGCAAUUGCAUGAGCAUAGAAUGAAAAUCGUCUCCCCGUUGAUUCGCUCUGUAAUUCAGCCGUUUGUGUUUUUUCUUCUUCUCCGAUCUGACAUUACACAUUCGGCAUGCUGUUAUUAUCUUCAGAUUUGCUGAGGGCACAGCGGGUUUGAUGCCCACUGUUCCAACAUGGAGCACUCUAAUUCGAUGACGCACAAGAACGGACGGCAGAGGAAAAUCGCGGGUACCACCCUCUUCUCUGACAACAUUAGGGGCAUGGACAGGGGAGAGACGAGCGCCUCUGAACCAGAAGUGGAAGAGGAAGAGGAAGGGGAUGGUCUCAUCCAAGUGAUGCACACGCAGGACAGGAGGCACAGGGUCCGGCCGGGGAUCCGUGGCGAGUUGGGGAACGUUUUGCUUCUGCUGUUCCUGUAUGUGCUGCAAGGGAUUCCUCUGGGACUGGCAGGUAGCAUCCCACUGAUCUUACAGAGUAAGAGCAUCAGCUACAAAGACCAAGCCUUCUUCAGCUUUGUCUUCUGGCCAUUUAGUCUCAAACUCUUAUGGGCACCAUUGGUGGACGCUCUCUACUUCAGCAGGUUUGGUAGACGAAAAUCCUGGCUGGUGCCCACACAGUACCUGCUGGGCCUCUUCAUGCUCUACCUUUCUGGGACGGUCAAUUCCCUGAUGCAAAGUGAGGGAGGACCGAAGGUGGUGACACUCACUGCGGUCUUCUUUAUGCUUGCCUUCCUCGCAGCCACACAGGACAUAGCUGUAGAUGGCUGGGCCCUGACUAUGUUAUCCAGAGAGAAUGUGGGAUAUGCUUCUACAUGCAACUCUGUGGGCCAGACAGCGGGAUACUUCCUGGGAAAUGUGCUCUUUCUGGCUCUGGAGUCUGCAGACUUCUGCAACAAAUACCUCAGAGUCGAGCCCAAGGACACAGGCAUCGUCACCUUGUCAGAGUUCUUGUUUUUUUGGGGAAUUGUGUUCCUGGUUUCCACGACUUUGGUAGCCAUCAUGAAAAGUGAAAAUGAGCAGGGCAAAGGAAAGCCGCGAGUCCAGGAGGAAACGCAGGGCGUCAUGGAAACCUACAAGCUGCUGUUCUCUAUCAUCAAGAUGCCCACAGUCUUCACCUUUUGUUCCCUGCUCCUCACCGCCAAAAUUGGGUUCUCGGCAGCAGAUGCGGUGACGGGCCUGAAGCUGGUGGAGGCCGGAGUUCCCAAGGAGCAGCUGGCACUGCUGGCAGUGCCCAUGGUGCCUCUGCAGAUCCUACUACCUGUGAUCAUCAGCAAAUACACCGCAGGGCCCAGACCUCUGGAUGUCUUCUACAAGGCCUUCCCUUUUAGGUUGCUCAUAGGACUGGGUUACGCUCUGUUGGUGUGGUGGACGCCCAGCGUGAAGCAUGACGGAGGGUUCCCGCUUUACUACUACGCCAUAGUGCUGCUGAGCUACGCAUUGCAUCAGGUGGCGUUGUACAGUAUGUACGUGGCUUGCAUGGCUUUCCAUGCCAAAGUGAGCGACCCCCUCAUCGGCGGGACCUACAUGACCCUGCUGAACACGGUCACCAACCUCGGUGGGAACUGGCCCUCCACGUUGGCUCUGUGGAUGGUGGACCCCCUGACCUCUAAGGAGUGCCAGGGGGCCGUCGGGCAGAGCUGUGGCUCUGUAGAGGAGGUCGGGCUGUGCGUUAAGGAGGGCGGAGCUUGUGUGACGACACUAGACGGCUACUACGUGGAGUCCGUGGUGUGCGUUGUGAUCGGUUUAGUCUGGUGGGUGUGGUUUGGGAAGAAGAUGAGGCGCCUGCAGGAACAGAAGCCCGCUGCAUGGAGGUGCAAAGCUAAUCGGUGACGACGCCUCUCAUCAGGGCCACUUUCUUCUUGCACCUCCGGAUACUCUGCUCCAAAGACAGCUGAAUGGUGGACAUAUUGUUAUUCCAUUCACGUCCGUUUAGUCCAGCUGGUCUCUCGAGGGGCAUAAAUCUGAUGAAGGACUCCAUUGUCUCUGUAGAGGUAAAAAAUCCAUCUCAUCGUUACUUGUGCUUUUGCAACCUUGCCCUGAAAUCUGAAACAACCGGUCAGACUAGCUGAGAACUUUUACUUUUUUUUUUUUUUUUUUUUCUGAAACCAUAUUCUGCUGCUUGGAACAGCUUAACCAAACAAGAGCUGACUCAAAGAAUAUGUUUAAAAAAACGAAAAGGUGUGUUUAUACCUGUUUGGAUUGCCAGUUUAUUGAGUUUAUACGAUGUGGGAAGUACAAGUUGAGUACAGUUUUUGCCUUUGAAAUAACUUCUUGAACUUCUUCUGAAAAACACGUAAACUUAGCACUUCAGACUCUUGUUUACCUUCCCGGACAGUGACCACUGUAUCUAGUACCGGAUACUAAAAGUAAAAGGCAAAACAUACAGCUGAACUGUCGGGUUGCUGGUUAAACCCAGUGUGAAGACUAUCUUUGAUUGUUGCUUGACUCAGAUCUGAACAAAUUAUUCUUUAAAUCCUCCUUUUUAAAUAUAUAUUUUCUUGCUCUUCAGUGAUUUGUGCCUUGUUUGGUGUUUCAAAGUCUUUCUUUUGUUUUGGUAGAUCACACUGCAGUUUGUUUCUUUAUACAUACUCCAUCAUAUAAAGUUGAGCACGCAUUCCUCAUGAAUGACUUUAUUACUGCCGAUCAACGGUUAAAUGAACUAAAUGUCUGAAAUAUUAAAAACUAUUCUUGUGGAGAACAUUUUUUGUUUUCUACACUUUCCUUAAGUCUGAUCAGUUUUAUCCAUCAUAGGACCAAAUGUAAUCUUUAAUCGCAUUAUUGGACUUUGAACUGUUGGGGCCUCUUGGUUAUCAGUGGGGCCUGGUUGGUACGUUAUCCCUCCCAAGUCAUUUUUAAGUUGCAAAAAGUUUCUUUCUUUUUUUAAGGUUAGUAAGUCUCGCUGCAUUUUCCAGAUGCAUUACGAUCCAAACACAUUGUAUGUGAAAGGCCAAUAUGCUGUACACUAACUGUUAAUGCAACAAUGUAUUACAGCAGUCAUAAUUAAGACAUCUUAACAUCCAUAAAGCCUGUCGAGUGGGACAUUAAAACCAGCCUGAGAUCCCAGACCGGCAGCCCUGAAGAUAAAUGUAAUAUGCAGGGGUGCCCAGUUUAUGUUUUCAUAUUGUAUGUAGGACUGAAUGUUACAGUAUUUUCCUCUAACGCCAGCUAUGAAAAACUUCUGUCAAAUGAAAGCGUUGAAGCACACAAUCAGGGCUCAUGUCAGGAGAGCUUCAUUUUGAACUCUGAGGCCGACUUUCUGAACUACAUGUCAAAGGUCAAACGAUUUCAAAUUACUAUACGAUGGCAGCAGUUGUUCUACAUUAACAUCAGUUAAAAGUUACACUGCAUGCCUUUUUGUUUUAUGUUUAUUGGGCCUUCCUUCUGUUUUUGUACCAGCACAUCACUGUUGUAUCGCUGCCUAUCCCCCCCCCCCAUUAGAUUGGAUUUAUUGUUUUGAUUUUCUUUGACAAAUAUUACUGUUUGUUUUUAUAUUUUAUAUCAGUUUCUGAUCGAAUACUUUAAUCUGCAAAAUUGGCUUUUAGGUGCAUUUCAGCUGCAACAAAUAAUUUUAAUUUAUCCUUUGACUGACUUUCUUUUUUACUUUGCACAACUUUAGUUUACAAUGAGUUUUUAAAUUCCCAAUCGUAUAAAGUAAAAGUAUAGCACAGGGUGAUGGUAAAGUAAGAAAUUUAAAUAUGCGAGUGGCAGCUCUCUAUAAUGUUGAUUAUUGAGGAUCUUUGACAUUCAUGGGAUGCAAUGUUGAGAUCUGAAACCAUAUCUUGUACGCAAUUAAAAAAACAUGUGCACUUGUGA